AAUUUAUUUUCUUUUGGCUCAAGCCCUCCUAAAUAAACGGACACAAGACGGAUAUACAAUUGACCCCAUUAAACAGAAUUUGUCAUCUGCACUAACCUAUUGGUACAGGCAGGUCCGGACUGGAACCAGAAAUAGGCCUGGGCAUUUUAGAUUAGGCACAUCAUUUUUCUGAUGGGGGUCCAACUGCUGAGACUCUCAAGAUGACCUCAAAUUAUGGCCCAUGAGCACCAUAGUGAGUCCUGUGAAGAGGUUCAGACUUUUCAUCACAGGGGCUGGUCUGCCAGAAGGGAAACCAUACAGUGGAUAGCAGCAGAGCAGCAUGGAGCAGCUUUCUGAAUCUCCUGGUCCUGAAAAACCAGAUCCUGCAUUGACAUGGGUUAAAUUCAGAGACCGAGUUGAUGAUGGGACAUACCCAAAAAAGAAAUGUAAACCUAACAAGCACUCAAGACUAUCUGGGCCACCAGGUCCACCAGGACCACAAGGACCUCCUGGACCUCCUGGGAUGCCAGGAGCUGAGGUCACACAUGAAGUUUUGUUACAGGAGUUCAAACUAAUGCUGAAAGAGGCCACAGAGCGUCGCUCGACAUCUGGAGAUAGUGUUGAUCACGUCAGUGAACCUCCACCGCUGGUGCUUCCCAUUAAGGACCUUUAUCCAUACAGACGAAUAGAUGAAGCUUUUCAUUGUCGACUUAAGGGUCCUGUACUUGUGGACAAAAGGACAUUGGCAGAACUUCAAAAUUUUCAGCUGCCAUCGGCUAAAGGUUCCUUUCUUCGUGGUUCUGGAAUGAACCUACCAACAGGUCGCUUUACAGCUACUAUUCCUGGGAUAUACCAGUUUUCUGCACAUAUUCACAUAGAUCACAGUGAGAUGAAGAGCAAAGGACAGCUGCGUCCACGGGAUAGUGUCCGUGUCCUGAUAUGUAUUGAGUCGCUCUGUCAUGGAUAUACGUCACUAGAAGUUAUAGCAGGAUUGGAAAGUAAUAGCAGAAUAUUUACAGUACACGUCCAGGGAUUGUUACAAUUACAGAGUGGUCAAUACACGUCUAUAUUUAUCGACAAUGGUGCAGGCGCGCCGAUCACAGUCCAGAAUGGCUCUGAUUUUAUGGGCAUUUUUAUGGGACUGUAAAACUGAUAAAUCCCAAGGCAUCAACUCCCGAUUAUCAUUAACCCUAAGACAUGACAUAUUCAUUCACUCACCUGCAAUGGAAGAAGCUUUCACAGUAUCUGUUCCCUGGGACCAUCUCUUGUGUUACUGCUUGGUAACUGCAACGCAAGGAGGAAACGUAGUGACCCCCCCCCACUGCUUGUUACAUCUCCUUCUGAACCUUACGUCGACAUAAAAGCCAGCAAUUGCUUUAAAUAGCUCUGUUAUACAACAUAUUGUAGCCCCCGCAGUCAAGGGAAGGGCUAACAUUUACAUGUGGGACUAUGUAAAAAAAAAAUAGUUAUACUUAGGAGAACUUGUCCUUUCGUCAUUGAUUGUUGUUCGGUAUAUGUUAUAAGAAGAUGAAGUAACCAAGAAUGCCUAGAAUGGACGCAAUCUAUGAGAGAAACCCAGAACUAUGCAAAAAUAUUCAUAACUGAUUUAAAGGGAUUUAUAGCAGAACGCUGCUGAUUUUGGGGGACUGACGGCGUUCUUUGUGUCAUGUGACAUGAACGGAUAGAGACUUGUCUCCAGUUAUAAGCAAUGACACUUGUAUUGAUUUCUAUAUUAUUAAGUAUUGCUUACAUGUCUGUAAUUUAAUAAACAAAACUGUCACGUUAUUCUAU